AACCAACCGAAUUUGAAAAAACUGCAACGAACAAAUCAAAAGAAACCUGCCUCGGGUGAGCCGUGGCAGUUUUGGCACGUAACUGAAGUUUCGCAACAUCCAGAGCGAAUCAAUCAUGUUAGUAGAUCGCCAACAGCCCGGAAGUGUAGCAACUGUUGAGCCAUGGUGAGCGCUCCGAGGAUAUCGCGUGUGUUCGCGGUUUAAGCAUGUCGAGGCCUGCAUACACCCCAUCGUGGAUUGAACAGCACUAGGGUCGGGAUAGCCGCAGCGGCGCCAUGCUGAUUGGCAUUCGUGACGUCUUUGAGUAACCGAGAAUACGGUAAAUGAGCCUUCCUAAGAAUGGAAGGGAGAAACCAAGUAUCGCGGAGGACGAUGUCGUCCUCCUCUAUUACUCAGAACUGUCCACACUGAUGGGAACUUGCCACCCAGGGAACUUGAGACGCCAUGGUGACUUUAAAGCAAGCUGGGGCGUGAGGGGGGAAACAAGUGCAGGAUCUUCCUAUUAUCACCAGCCUUGCCACGCCCUCACCACUUUUGGAGGGUUGGAGUUAGAAGCUGCGGUGUACGUACCUAUCAGCCAUGGUCGGGAUGGGGUCAUCGAGCCAUCUCGGGAAUCCGACUUUCCCCGACGAACAACAUGGCCUUGGAACCGCAUCGUUGGUCGGGGUGAAGAACUAUCGCAGAUCCGCCCUGGGGUAUAUUUGCCAUCAGAUACCACUCGAGAAGCCGAUAUUUAUGGACGAUAUCGUAGGGAUCGCGACGUGGCCGCUCAUGACGUGUAUGUAGGCGGUGGGGGGGUGGUGAUGGGGGGACUUCAGGUCCAACCCAGCGAGACACAUCGUGGAUGUACGUGGCCAGGGCCACCCCGGCAGGCUCGGAUGAUACGCAGACGAGCUCUAGACAUGCCUCUGAUGUUUCGGAGGCCUCCAGUGGCGGCCGAGAGACGAGAUAUACCAGAAGGUGGAGGACAGUUGGCAUACGGGCUCUUGUUGAUUUGGUGACAGGUCAAGGGUGGCCAUAAGCGUCGAGCAACUUGGGGGAAGCCCCCCGGGAUCACGUGCUCCGGAGCCGGACUAACCGGGUCGGCGCUACUCCGGUUUUGGCUAAGAGUCGGUGGGACGCGUUAGACCACUUGCGCACCUUUUCAUUUCCGCUG